AGGAGCGGGGCCUCCCUUUUCCCACAGCAGCCCGGCCCGCGCUCUCGGCAGUGCCGGGGGGCGCCGCCUCCCCCAUGCCGCCCUCCGGGCUGCGGCUGCUGCUGCCGCUGCUGCUGCCGCCGCUGCUGUGGCUGCUCGUGCUGACGCCGGGCCGGCCGGCCGCCGGACUGUCCACCUGCAAGACCAUCGACAUGGAGCUGGUGAAGCGGAAGCGCAUUGAGGCCAUCCGCGGCCAGAUUCUGUCCAAGCUGCGGCUCGCCAGCCCCCCGAGCCAGGGGGACGUGCCGCCCGGGCCGCUGCCGGAGGCCGUGCUGGCCCUUUACAACAGCACCCGCGACCGGGUGGCCGGGGAGAGCGCCGAGCCCGAGCCCGAGCCCGAGGCGGACUACUACGCCAAGGAGGUCAACCGCGUGCUGACCCUGGAUAACAACCACGAAAUCUAUAAGGCGUACAAGCACAACGCACACAGCAUAUACAUGUUCUUCAACACGUCGGAUCUCCGGGACGCAGUGCCUGAACCCCAGUUGCUCUCCCGGGCCGAGCUGCGCCUGCAGAGGCACAAGUUGAAAGUGGAGCAACACGUGGAGCUGUACCAGAAAUACAACAACAAUACCUGGCGCUACCUCAGCAACCAGCUGCUGUCCCCCAGCGACGCGCCCGAGUGGCUGUCCUUUGAGGUCACUGGAGUCGUGCGGCAGUGGCUGAGCCUCAGAGAUGAAAUCAAGGGCUUUCGCCUCAGUGCCCACUGCUCCUGUGAAAACAAAGAUGACAGACUCCAUGUGGAAAUCAACGGAAUCAGUAUUGACCGCCGGGGUGACCUGGCCACCAUUCAUGGCAGAAACCGGCCCUUCCUGCUUCUCAUGGCCACCCCGCUGGAGAGAGCCCAGCACCUGCACAGCCCCCGGCACCGCCGAGCCCUGGACACCAACUACUGCUUCAGCUCCACGGAGAAAAACUGCUGCGUGCGGCAGCUCUACAUAGACUUCCGCAAGGAUCUGGGCUGGAAGUGGAUCCACGAGCCCAAGGGCUACCACGCCAACUUCUGCCUGGGGCCCUGCCCGUACAUUUGGAGCCUGGACACGCAGUACAGCAAGGUCCUGGCCCUUUACAACCAGCACAACCCCGGCGCGUCGGCGGCGCCGUGCUGCGUGCCGCAGGCGCUGGAGCCCCUGCCUAUCGUGUACUACGUGGGCCGCAAGCCCAAGGUGGAGCAGCUGUCCAACAUGAUCGUGCGCUCCUGCAAGUGCAGCUGAGCCCCCUCCCCGCCCCCCCCCCGCCCCCCGCCCCGGCAGGCCCGGCCCCGCCUCCCCUGCCCCGCCCGUCGCGCCGGGCUGUGUACGUAUUUAAGGACAACGGCCCCCCCCCCCCUUCUCCCGGCCAAGCCCACCUCGGGGCCCAUUAAAGGUGGAGAGAGGACUGGGGUCUCAGUGUCGUUGGCCUGACAGGGGGUCUCUCUACCGAUGUUCCUGGGCUCCCGCUCCACCUGCCGCUCCUGUCUCUCCACCUGUCCUUUGCCCCUCCUCACCGCUUACCGAGCACUUCCGGCCCCUGUACUCCUGGUCAGCACGAGACUUAUUUAUUGAGCACUUGGGGCCUUGUUCUAAGCGCAUAUGUUAAUCAGCUCACUCAGUCACCGUCACAAAGCUCCGAGGUACUGGGGGUUCUAGGAACGCCCGCUUUAAAGGUGAGGAAACCCAAGUCCAGAGGGGAGAGCUCCUGCCCACCAGGAACGGCCAUCCCGGGAAGAGACCAGACCGGCAUUGUAAAUGGCACGAAGGCAGGAAAACGGGACGGGGUGAGAGGUGGGAGAGGGAGGAUUUCUUGGAGGAGGUAGCUUUUGGGACCUGAAGGCAGCUUAGGAAGGAAGAGGGGGAGAGAGUUCUGGGGAGGACAGAAGGAAAGGCCCGGAAGUGAGGAUAAACUUGGGGUGAGGGAGGGAGGAACAAGGCCAGGGUGGUUGGAAGGGAGGGGCAAGGAGAAGGGUGUUGGGAGCUGAGUCAGAUGGUAACCCUCACAGGCCAGAGAGUGAUAAUCCUCCACGCCAGGUAUGCAUCUCCCAGCUCACUGCCUUCUCCCCACAGCGCAGCAGAGCAGGGGUUGGCCAACUGCAGCCUGCAGGCAAAUUCUGACCUGCGGCCUGUUUCUGUAAAUAAAGUUUUGUUGGAGCACA